AUGUUCCAGAAAGAUCUCAGAGGUGACCGGAGGAAACAGCGGGCGCCUGAGCUGAGUCUGAGUCAGAGCCAAGAGACUGAGUACUUUGGGAUUCGCUGCGAGGACGUGUAUGAAGCCAGCCCCUCACUGACCCUGCAGAGGGCCAUGUCCAUCUCCCAGACCUGGUACGCCAUCAAAGACCACGGCACCAACUACUGCAACCUCUACAACCUGAUGGAAGGAAGUGGUCUGACGGAGGCGCGUGGCUACAGGGAGGUGACCAGUGACUUCCUGUGCACCCAGAGGUCCUCCGCCAACUGCACCAUCUACUGA